CAAACCAGAAGAAGAAAUAGAAGAGAAAACAAAUUGAGAGCAAACCAUGGAAGAAGAGUACUCAGUUGAUCCUGCUCAGUUACUUUCCGCGGCGACCGAAUUCGCUAACGACCCAGGCGCUGCUUCAGAUGUUUCAGUCAAGGAGUUUCUUGAUCGGUUUCCCCUUCCCGCCAUUAUCAAUGCCUUGCAAACAAGAGGGGACUACCCUGGAUUGGUUGACGUGCUGGUUGACAGUUUAGAAAGGGUGUUCAGGACAAAGUAUGGAGCAUCCCUCAUCCCACAUUACAUGCCCUUCAUUGUUGUUGGCUUGGGAGCUGAUUCACAGAGAAUCAGAUAUUUGGCUUGUAAAACAGUGUCUUGCCUUUUGGAGAACAAUGACGACACUGUUGCCGUACAUCUGAUUUCCCAGUAUGGUGUAUACCCCCUCUUGCUAGAUUGCCUUGUACAAGGAGAUGAAAGAGUUGCAACUGCAUCAGCAGAAGCGAUUAGAAACUUAGCUGUUUCUCCCAAAGGCCUGGUGAUAAUGUUUCCAUCGGAUAGCAGUGAAGCAACUAACCUUGAAAUUUUAGCUGGGAAAUGUUCAUCAAUGGGUAGAGUUAGAGUUUUAGCAUUGAUAGUCAAGCUCUUCUCAGUUUCCAGUUCAGUUGCAUCUGUGGUCUAUAGUUCAAAACUUCUUGGUCUAUUGGAGAAGGAAGUCAGUAACUCCGGUGACACCCUAGUAACCUUGACGGUUUUGGAACUUCUUUACGAGUUAGCUGAAGUUCAACACAGCACUGAGUUCUUAUCAAAGACGACUAUCAUCCAACUGCUAUGUGCAAUAAUCAGUGAUGCAUCUGCAGAUUCAGUUUUAAGAUCAAGAGCAAUGAUGAUAACUGGAAGGCUGCUGUCAAAGGAAAAUGUGUUUAUGUUCCUGGACAACUCGAGUUUUGAAGCUGUUAUCUCAGCAAUUUCCAGAAGGUUUGACUUCCUCGGUAGCCAAGAUGCAGAUGAAUGUGAAUGUGCGCUUGAAGCUUUGGGUCAUAUUGGGUCAUCAAACCAAGGAGCCACAUUACUGUUCUCAAGUUCACCGCCUGCUGCUAGACACGUCAUUGAUGCUGCGUUUGACCGCCAACAACGUAAUAAGCAACUGGCUGCAUUGCAUUCCCUUGCUAACAUAGUGGGAGAAGCUCGAAACGACAUUAUUCUAACUGGUGAUGCAGAGGAAACUCUUCGUCGAUUAAUUUAUGAAGCUGCAUCCCGAACUUCAAAAGUGCUUCCAUCUGGCCUUCUGCUAUCAGUUCUUCAACAGGAUUUUGAAAUUCGAUUGGCGGGCUACAGAUUGAUAACUGGACUGGUGGCUCGACCCUGGUGCUUGAUGGAGAUAAUAUUGAAGCCAGAGAUAAUUCAAAUAGUAACUGAUACAUUGACUGAGACUCAAAAGAUCGGUAUGGAAGCAAGGCAUAACUGUUGCCAAGCAGUAUUCAAGUCAUUGACUUCUUCGCCUAACCUUGUUAGUGACCCUGCUUUUGCAGGAGUUGCUGCAAAGCUCCAGGAAGCCAUCAGAAGGGGUCCAUAUCUUGCAAAAACUCGCACCGAAGCUCAACCUGCAGUGAUGACCGCUGAGAGAUUUUAGUUGCAAAAUUGACUCUGUUCUGCUCAUCCUUUCGGACUUGCUAAUAUCCGUCUUUGCUGUUGUUUAACAAAAAGUACUUGCUUCUUCAAGAAAAAAACAAACAGUACUUAGUGCAUGAAAAUGCUUGUGAAUACAACAUAGAUGGUAAACGUAUAACCCCUUUUUGUAAAUUUCUCUAGUUGCCAUGAGAAGUUGAGAACUUGUCGAGUAGUUGGAACUUGGAGACCGAAAUGGCUUUUGCUCAACGAAUGAAUUCAUGCCCCAGAAUCAGAAAAUCUCACUCUCAUAAAAUGUAGUUUUGCUGGUGCAUUUAUAUCUUUGGCCCAUUUUUAACAAUACAGUUUGUUAUAAUAAUUUACUACUAGACUUUAGUAUCGUAUAAAAUGUAUUUGAUCAGUUAGUUGUGGUGAACUGGUGAUGUUCGUAGUUCUACUUUUUGUCGCAAUGAUUCACAACGUUCAUAGUUUGUUAUAAUAAUUCACUGCGUUCAUAGUUUGUUAUAAUAAUUUAAAGAAGCA